CUACCGCCAGGAGAGCUUGAGCUGAGAGGAAACUACGGUUCUCAUUACUCAGACCCAGAACACCCCUUCCCUACAAUCUGCUAAAACAUGGUGGAUUACUAUGAAGUUCUAGGAGUGCAGAGAUAUGCUUCACCUGAGGACAUUAAAAAGGCUUAUCGUAAAGUGGCACUCAAAUGGCACCCCGAUAAAAAUCCAGAAAAUAAAGAAGAAGCUGAGAGAAAAUUCAAAGAAGUAGCUGAGGCAUAUGCGGUAUUAUCAAAUAAUGAAAAAAGGGACAUUUAUGAUAAAUAUGGCCAAGAAGGAUUAAAUGGCAGAGGCAGAAGUCACUUUGAUGAUUCUUUUGACUAUGGCUUCACAUUCAGUAAGGCAGAUGAUGUCUUUAGAGAAAUUUUUGGUGAAAGGGAACCAUUUUCAUUUCAUUUCUUUGAAGACUCAUUUGAGGACCUUUUAAAUAGUCCAAGAAGCUCCUGUGGAAGCAAAGGUACAAGAUCCUUUUUUGCAACCUCAAGUCAAUAUCCAGUUUUUGAGAGAUUUUCUUCAUAUGAUACAGGAUAUACACCAUAUGGUUCACUGGGCCACAAGGGCCUUAAUUCAUUCUCCUCCCUGACAUUCGAUGAAAGUGGGAUAAGCAACUACAUAUCUGUUACAGCUUCAGAUAAGAUUGGUAAUAGAAAUACAAACACACAGAGAAUUAUUGAGAACGAUCAAGAAAUAGAAGUUGAUAGCGAGUUGAAGUCCUUCCUUACAAAUGGUGUGGAAGAUGAAGAGGGCUUUGCAGAAGAAUGCAGUUGGAGAAUAAAGUCAUUUAACAAUUAUUCACCAAAGUCCCAUAGCCCCAAACAUGUAACUCGAUAUACUUUUGUGGAUAAUGAUGAGGAAGAUGUAUAUUGGGUCACCAGCAACUGGAAUCCCUCUAUGUUCUCAGCAGGAUUCAAAGAAGGUGGUAAGAGAAAAAAAAAAAAGCAUAAAGCCGUGCAAAAGAAGUCAACUAAAAACAAUCGUUAAAUUGACUCUACAGACACAUUAUGUUCAUACAACAAU